ACUGUUCCAGCUGCAUACAAAUUUCCGGUAAAUUUUAUGCUAUCGAGAACGUUAAAAAACUCGCACUAAGCACACAGAUGCUCAGUAUCUAGUUUCUCCAGUUCGAGUCAUCUUUAUUAUAUGGUGUAACGGACGUGACGUCAGCUGUCAUGCCCUGCCGCCAGCCAAGCCGCCAAGCCAUAUUAACACGCCCCCUUCCGCCACAGCCACCGCCACCGCCGCCAGCCAAAGCCAACGAAGGGGGGAUAGUGUUAAUAAAACAAGCCGUGCCAGCCAUUUCUACCUACUUUUCUGCAUUCUUGCACAAAUAAAAGAACUUGUCGUUACGCUGCUGGUUUUUAUUGUCACAUCAUUUGCAACAAUCAGAAGUGGCAUAAAGAAAUGAAACAACGUCAUAUACACGCUCAGAUCUCUCGGUCUUCUGACAAGUUUGAAGAAGAUGAAGCUCCUAUUCCACUGGCGAGGAAGGUGUUGAAAAAUUGCUUCAGAAGGAGGUCCACAAGGCGAUACUUGAGCUACAGGAUGAAGAACCUGGAACAAUCAAAUCAAAGGGACUUCGACGUCGUCGGACCAAGAGCGCCUGCCGCCCUGUCCUUCCAUCAUUCUGGUUCACGUGGAGGGAAACUAGAAGAGCAGCAACGCGGUUACUCCACUGCGGCACUACGAGCUUCACGGCGCUUCAUGAGAUUCACGGCUACGAGCUUCCUUCUCCCUGCCUGCGACGCUGCUGCGCGACGAAGACGGCUACAUCAAAGUCAUCAACAUGGGCUCGGAGACCAUCAUGUGGCCGCCGGGCGAGAUCCUGCCGAGGGCCAACAGCUGCGAGGAGCCACAGCCAAACAGCCAGGAUGGCCGAAUGUAACGGACGUGACGUCAGCUGUCAUGCCCUGCCGCCAGCCAAGCCGCCAAGCCAUAUUAACACGCCCCCUUCCGCCACAGCCACCGCCACCGCCGCCAGCCAAAGCCAACGAAGGGGGGAUAGUGUUAAUAAAACAAGCCGUGCCAGCCAUUUCUACCUACUUUUCUGCAUUCUUGCACAAAUAAAAGAACUUGUCGUUA